AUGGAAGAAGAGAAGAAGUUUGUUUCUAGAGAGGAAUGGAGAAAGGAAAUGCGGAAAACCUUCUGUAAGAAGGACAUGAUUGACGAAGAAGGAAACUUGGUUAAAGAGUAUUUUCAUUUGAAAAAAUUAAAGACGUGGACCUUGGCUGAGGAAAAGCUGUUGAUUGAAGGAAUCCAGAAGUACGGAGUUGGCGAAUGGGAGCGUAUUCGCCGUGACUUUCUUUCUGACUGGAUUACGGAAGAUAUUCGAUUAAAGGCUUGCAGACUGUUUGGAAUUCAGAGAAUAGAAUUAUACAAUGGUUUUAAGGGUAGUCUCGAUGAGAUCAACGUUGAGUACGAAAAGAACAAAAAGAUCGGAAUGAAGGAAGGUCUGUGGGUAGGAAACGUGUUAAUCGACAAACGCUUUGGUUUAUUAUGCAAACAAAACUAA